CAUCCUUGACCAAUCAAAGGCUUUGUUUGGCGCAUUGGUAUAAUGGAACAGUUCAACUCAAACAUCUGAUAUGACUUGUCGAAGAUAAGUGUUUGGAUUAUUAGAUAGUGGAUUAUGUGGAGGCGUGUGGGUGAAUUCAACAUCUUUUUCGGACUUUGAAUGCUUCCACUGCACUCUCUUGGUAACUAAAUUUGAAGCUUGCAUGAGGAUGGAGAACAAGGAAGAAUCCAGCUGCAGCUCCGUCAGCGACCUCACCUGGGAGCAGGUGAGCCGGCUGAACGACGUUCUCACAGAGGUGGUCCCGGUCCACGGCCGGGGGAACUUCCCCACCCUGGAGGUGCAGCUGAAGGACAUCGUGGCGCGCGUGCGUUCCCACCUGGAGCUGAGUGGCAUCCGGGUCAAGGACAUCCGGCUCAACGGCUCCACGGCCAGCCACGUGCUGGUGCAGGACAUCGGCUGGAGCUACAAGGACCUGGACUUCAUCUUCCGGGUGGACCUGCCCACCGAGGCCGAGUUCCGGCUGGUCAAAGACGUGGUGCUGGGGAUUCUGCUGGACUUCCUGCCCGAGGGCGUCAACAAGGAGAAGAUCACCCCCAUGACGCUGAAGGAGGCCUACGUCCAGAAGCUGGUGAAGGUCAACACAGAGCAGGACCGCUGGAGCCUCAUCUCGCUGUCCAACAACAACGGCCGCAACGUGGAGCUGAAGUUCGUCGACUCAAUACGCCGGCAGUUUGAGUUCAGCGUGGACUCGUUUCAGAUCGUGCUGGACUCUGUCCUGUCCCACUAUGAGCAGCCGGCGGCGGCGGCCAUGUCCGAGCAGUUCCACCCGGCCGUCCAAGGCGAGAGCGUGUACGGAGACUUCAACGCCGCGCUCGGCCACCUGCGCAACAAGCUCAUCGCCACCAAGCGGCCCGAGGAGAUCCGCGGCGGCGGCCUGCUCAAGUACUGCAACUUGCUGGUGCGCGACUUCCGGCCGGCCAAUCAGGAGGAGUUCAAGGCCCUGGAGCGCUACAUGUGCUCCCGCUUCUUCAUAGACUUUCCCGACAUCGGAGAGCAGCAGCGCAAGGUGGAGGCCUACCUGAUGAGCCACUUCAUCGGCGAGGAGAAGAGCAAGUACGACUACCUGCAGAUCCUCCGCAAGGUGGUGAACGAGAGCACCGUGUGCCUGAUGGGCCACGAGCGGCGGCAGACACUGCACCUGCUGUCGCUGAUGGCCUUCCGGGUCCUGGCGGAGCAGAGCGCCAUCCCGGACGCAUCCUGCGUCACCUGCUACUACCAGCCGGCGCCCUACAUCAGAGACCACAACUUCAGCAACUACUAUGUGGCGAACCAGAACAUUCCAACAUGGCUGCCGUGUAACUGACCAAACGGAAACAGGGUUCCGGCGGGGCGACCCGGGAAGGCUUGUUUUGGCUGCGGAUGCUGCUUUUCAACAGAGGAGGAGGAGAAGGAAUUGAUUUGGCAUAAAAAGAUAUAAAAAAAAAUUAAAAGGGGGAAAAAUGUCUGAAAAAAAUUACCCAGUGGCAAUAAAUGCUAUGUUUCUCUUAAGGCACAUUUUUCAGUGGACAAAUAUUUUGCUUUUUUUUUUUUUGUUGGUGUUUUUUUUUCUUUUCUUUUUUUUUUUGGAUUCUUUCCCAUUCCUUUUCUGCAAAGGCGUUAACGUUUUUAAGUGUUACUUUUUUUUCAGUUUUUUUUGGACUUGGUAUAUGCCUUUAAUCUAAUGGAGAUGUUUGUGCCUUAACCUAGAGGUAUCAGGUUUACCCCUCCAGAGUUUUGUUGUUAGAAGAAAAGGGAAAAUGUAAAUGCUGUAGCCUUCAGUUUGGGUUCCUUCUUGUUUGUU